AUGACAUCAUAACUAAAAGAGCCCUUACUAGUGGAUCAACCCACUCCUCAGGAAAAAUCUAAAGAACUUCAGGAACUUAGUCUCCAUUAGUUUACUCAGCUGAUUAAUAACCAUAAGGAGCUUCACUACUAGGUCCACAAUGAGACCUCCUACUCCUACAAGAAGAUGUACACCAAAUAAAGUGAUGAGUUUGAAAGGAAACACGGACUUUCAAAGGCUUCCUUUAUAGUCCCCACCCCAAAGAAGAAUAUAACCUUUAUAGUUAUGGAUGCAUAAAACAUAUACCAGGUCCUGAUGAAAACUGAAGAGAAAAAGCAGAUUGAGAGCCCAGAGUCUCAAACUAGUGUAUCAGCAGCAUGUGCAUCUUCUUGCAGUCUCUAUCUCGGGUUUUCUAAAGGGGCGCUGAUGGCUUACAGCAUUAAGAGUGGAGAGUGGAGAUCUCUUCCUUACAACCACGAUGAUUCAGUGCGAGACAUCGUGGUAACGCCUAAUGAGUAGUAUGUGAUCACUGGGUCCAAUGACCGUAGAGCCUUUGUCUAUAAUCUUUGUGACGAGCUGAUGAAAACUAUAAGUUUUGGCGGGCAUGCUGCAGAUCUUAUAGUGUCCAAAGAUAGCACUCUUUUAUUCAUUGGAUCUCCCAGAUUCUCAAAAUUUAUCAAGGUUUAUGAAACCGAGAACUUCACUCUAGUAGAUAAAAUAUAGCUUGGGAGUAGUGCUGACCUCCUAGCUUUCAACGAGGAUGAAAAUGUAGUUUAGUUUAGACAUGAGUACGUCUAGGCCGGUGCUGUACAUGAAUAUAAAAUUAGGGUUUCAAACAACGCAUCCAAUCUUGUUACUCUCUCACAGUAUCCUAACUGCCUUUCUUUUAGUAGCGACAGCAAGUAUCUUGUCUUCGGAGCUUGGGACAGCACUGUUGGUAUAUGGAACUUUGCUGACAGAGAGGAAAUCUUUAGAAUUCCCGCAGGUCAAUAAGUUAACACAGCAUUACUGACGAGAGACAUGCAAAGGGUUCUCACUGGUGGCUCGCCAUCAUCAAUCCAGGUUUGGAAGCUUGACUGGCAGAACAAAUCUUGGGAAUUGGAGACAACCGUAAAGCUCAAUGAGAUUGCAGGGUUUGGAUAUGUGACAUGCUUCAUACUCUCAAACCAUGAUGAAAAAAUAGCCAUUCCAAGCUAUUAGUAUGGCAAAUGUUUUGGGAUCGUAAACUGGGAAACACAGAGAGUGUAAUCUGUAGGGCCGUUCGAUUCGGAGGUAUAUCAUAUUUCCCAGAAUUAAGAUGGCUCUCGACUCUACUUGAGCUUGAAAAAUUUCACAGUCCUUGAAUGGGACUUUCAUGAGUAAAAGACUACCAUGACGCUAGACAUUCACAGCAACGUUAUGAGGGCUUUGGUGACCAAUGAUAACUCAAAGCUUAUUACAGCAGGUGAAAAGCUACUCAUCUGGGACUUAGAUCAAAAGCUAAUAAUAAAAGAGCUUGAGGAGCCUUUGGGAGAUAUAUAGGAUAUGAUGCUCUCUCCUUCUUAAAAGGAACUUUAUACAGCUGGAUUCGAUAAAACCUUAAAGGUUUGGGAUCUUGAUAGAAUGGCUUUAUUGCAAACAUUUGUGGCUGAAACAAGCAGAUGGUGUCUUGCAAUCUCAGAAAAUGAAGAAUAUAUUGCGAGCACUGGAUGGGAUUACUCUAUUUUCCUGUGCCAAAAUGCCCUUAGAAUAAAAAUUGUUGAUCACAAUCCAGAAAAUGAUUAAUACUCCUUAACUGACCUUAAAAGCUCAAGACUAACAAGCCAAGAAAUUUCACUUUAUCAAUCCUUAAUUUACAAGCCUGAAAACUAGGAGGCUUUAGUCAAAUAGCUAUCAUAUCAAAGCUAACUUUACUUCCCUUACAACUUCAGCCCGCUGCAUGUCUUGGUAAUGAAUAAAAAUGCAGAAGUACUCUAACACGCACUCAGAAGCGGCUUUAUUUACACAACAGACUACUUGGGAAAAACACCAUUGACCUAUGCUUUAGAACUUGGGCAGCUGAGCUGCAUAGAUGAAAUUGCACAAUACUUGGUUAACGAGGGAUCAAACUACGCAAUGACAAAAGAAGAUUUCUUUUUAAUGUUUGGCAGCGAAAUACAGUCUGUAAGACAAUUGCUUGGAAAAGUGAUAUCUCCAGUUAAACAGAAUCUUAGAGGCCCUCCUCCUGAUUUUGGAGAAUUUUAGAAUGAGAGAUACGCUUUCCAACAGUAUCAAUCUCCUAGUGAUGACUUUGUAACAACCAGCGUUGGAGAUGUAGUCUCAGGAAAUCUUAAAGAAAUUUAAUUCCUUACUUCCCAAAUCAAAUUAAACUUGACUCCCGGAAGUAAUGAGAGCUUGAAGAUAAUGAGGCAUUUAGCCACAGCAGAUCCUGAAAUAUUUAGAACAAACAUGAAAGUCAUAAUCGACUACAAAUGGUCCCUGUUCAAGAAAAUACUGUAGUUGCAGUCCUUUAUCUACUAUGUCUAUUUGAUAUUGGUUUGGCUUCAAAUCUUAUACAACAAUGCUCCGGUGAUAACUGCCAUCGUGCAGGUAUCGACUGGCUUGCUAUUGAUCUAUGAAGGUCUACAAUGCUAUGCGAACUCCUCUUAUUAUUUGUAUGAUUUCUGGAAUUAUUUUGACCUCAGUGGAUUCAUUAUUCUAUUCCUUCAUUGCACAUUUGUUCAGCUUGGUAUUGAAUACACUAAUGAUGAUGUUGUCAGGAGCUUUGGUAUCAUGGUUUUGUGUGCAAGAGGAGUUUCUUACUUGAGAUCUUUUGAUCAAAGCAGAUAUUUGGUUGGCAUGAUCUAAGAAAUUAUCUCAGACAUGGCCAGCUUCUUCGUAGUACUCAUCUUUGCAUUGUUUGCAUUGGCUAGCAUUAAAACUGUCUUAGACUAAACUGAUGAAAUCACAAUUAGUGAAUUCCUUGAGGAAACACUUACCUUCUACAGAAUAGCAUUGGGCGAUUGGGAGGUUUCAGACUUCGCAACAGUUUGGUACUUGCUUGUUUUCAUUUGCUCAACUAUGCUGAUUCCCUUGAUUUUGAUGAAUCUCUUAAUUGCUCUAAUGGGAGACACUUAUGCCAGAGUUCAAGAUAGCAUACUUCCUAAAGACUAUGCCUUGAAAGCUCAACUUUUGUGGGAAGUGGAAAGUUUACUCAGUUUCAAGAGAGAGGCUGGUGUACCUUAAUAUUUCAUUGUUUACAAAGAAGCAGAGCAUAAAGAUGGAGGCUUAAAAGCUGAUGGAUAAGUCAGACAAAUCAAAGUUAACACCAUGAAGAUCCUAUAAAAGCUUACAAGCAUCGAGAAAGUCUUACACUAAAACAAAUGA